UUGCCAGACGAGUGCGACAGCUCGCGGACGAAGUCUCAGUAGUAUUGGCUGUGCACUGUACAGUCCGUCUCUUGUGCCGCUGAGAAAAGUGAGGUUAAGUAUAGUCGCACUAUCCCCAAGAGAGAGAGAGAGAGAGAGAGAGAGAGAGAGAGAGAGGGAGGGAGAGGAACGAUGUUCGUCUCUCGACGCGGUGUCCAUUUCAUUUUAUCCACCGCAUGACUCACACCUUUUGCUGAUCUCCGCAAGUUAAUCUUUUUCACGCGCGCAGCUCUCCUCGCAUCGUCAACGCCAACUGUCGCAUCAGCGAGUUUUCGCAAAUCGCGCGUCCUUGACACAUCGACCCAUCCGACACCGUGUGAUGCAUUAAGACGCUCGCCAAAAGUACUCGGUUACAACUUACUUAGGUACUUGCCUUGUGUAAUACCGCAAGGCACUGGGUCAUCUUAUAUCGCACACCGAAGAGACAAGGGAAAGAAGCCCAGGCAGCAGCUGCUCGAGGAAGAUGCCAAGCAGCCCCUUCGCCGCCACUGCCUGUACGCGAGACCUCCGCUGCCGGGAGCGAUGACUCUGAGCGACGUCGUCGUGGGCUAUGCGUGUCCCUGAAAGGAAGCCAACACGAUGAGUCGUCGAGUGACUGCUGCUUUUUCAAGCUCCAGGAACACGGUACUCGAGUAGCCAGCAGGAGAACGAAGCCUGUACCUGCUUUGCAUCGACAGAUUCAAAGGAUUCCUACGAUCCACUAUAGUGCCAUCACUUUUUGACUAGAUCUUCUAUAGAUAUUUUUAAGGCGCAAACAUGGAGUCAACGGAGUCAGGAGCACAGCCAGAUCAAGAUACCAAAGAGGAAACUGAAAACGCUCCUGAUGCUACGGAAGAUGUACAUGAAAAGGUAAAGAGGUUGGAAGCCAUGAAAAAUCAAAUGCGUGAAGAGUUUGAUGUUCAAAGAGCCAAAAUGAAAGAAUUAUUUUUGCAAAAAGAAGAAGAUGCAAAGAAACAAAUGGAAGAGAAUUCAAAGCUACAGGAAGAGAAUUCUAAACUACAGCAUGAAUUGAAUGAAGUCAAGAGUCAAUUGCUGAUAGUUGACAUAAAAACCCAAAAUGAUAUUGAUCUGGAAAAGCGUAAAGCUGAAGAUGAAAUAGCUUCUUUGCAACAAAUAAUUACAUCUACUGUUCAGGAUUCUUCAACAACGAGAAAAGAAUAUGAGAGUAGAAUUAGUAAACUCAAAGAGGAAAAUAAUAAUUUAAGGUUACAACUGAUGCAGAGUUCAAGUCUUGAUGGACCUCAAAUUUCUUUGUCAACAAUGACAAAGUCAUUAGCAAAAAAAGUAGCAUCUCAGUUAGGUGCUGAUUCGUUAUCUCUUGGUUCUGAGAAUGAAGAUAGCUCAUCAAAAAGUAAAAGACAUGCUGAUGAAGAUGCUGAAGUAUUACGUUCACUGGUUGUGCCGUUAGAAGAAGAAAUUACAGCUUUAAAAGAAAAAUUAAGGACGACAGAUGACGAAUUGCAAAAGUAUAAAGAGAAAGAGGAGCAAACACAUAAUAAACAAUUAAAGGCGAAAGAAUCUGGUUCUUGGGAAAAUACGUGUGAUAUGUGUUCUAAUUACGAAGCUCAACUCCAAAGAAUGCAAAUGGAAGCUAAAGAUCUUAAAAAGCAGCUCCAAGAAACUGAACAAAUGUUACAAAGUCAAAAACAAGAUUUAGCUAAGGAAGUUGAAUUUCGUAAAGGUAUGGAAGAAAAAUGGAAUGAAAAGAAAGAAGAACACAAGGCUGAAGUGACGAAUCUUACCUCGUCGGUAAAAUUAGCAAAGCAAACUAUUGACGAAUUAAAGCAACAGUAUAACCAAACAAAAGAAAGUGUGACAAAAGAAUUAUCGCGGUUGACAAAAGAAAGAGAAGAAGUGCAAAAACAUUUAGAACAACUCCAAAAUCAAAAUGAAUACCUGAUGGGCAAGCACAGUAAAAAUUCUGAACACUAUCAGUAUGAGCAUAUAAAUAUGCCAAAUAAUGUGGAAGAAUUGCACGUCAGUAUCCUUCAAAUUCGUGAAGAGUUAAUUGUGGCUACCAUUGCUAAAGAAGAAGCCGAAAGGAAGUGCAGAUCACUAGAGUGUGAACUUGAAUUGUUGCAUGAUCAAAUAGAACAAGAUAAUCAUGAAAAAGAAAAGAAAGAAGCUGAACUCCAAAGUAUGAUUGAAAGUGCAUCUAAAACAGAUUUAGUUGUAGCAGAAUUAAAACAACAAAUAACAAAUCUGCAGCAAGAGUUGAAUACAGGUGAACAAACUCAAAAGGAUUUCGUUCGUCUUACUCAAUCAUUGCAGGUUCAACUUCAAAAAAUUAGAGAUUCGGAAAAAGAAGUUAGGUGGCAGUAUGAAGAUGAUGUUGACGAAUGUCCAACAUGUCACACAACUUUCACACUAGCAAAAAAGAAAGAUAAGAUGCAUUGUCGACAUUGUGGUCAAAUUUUCUGUCAGUCGUGCCUAAAUAAUGUUGUAAAAAGUGGACCAAAGCAAAGACCAUCAAGAGUAUGUAAUGUAUGCCACACUCUGUUGGUGCAGGAAACUGCUCCGUAUUUCAGUCGAGAUCCUCCCUAAACGUUCACAAAAACCAAUCUGCUGGACUUAGUUAGCUAAACAAGUGCAAUAUCUUUUCAAAGGAGCUAGACCAGAUAACGAUUUUGGAGAAAUCUGAUAAGAACGAGUUAUUUUUAAACUUCAUGCAUCAUUUCCUUUUCUUUCAAAGUACUGUUAAUAUCGACUAAUAAAGUUAAUUUAAUAUUAAAAAGUAAAUAUUUUAAGCGUUUUAAAAGUCACGAUUUCAUGAAAAUAUAUGAAAAACACAUUACUAAAUAAUUGAAAUAAUUGCAAAAAUGUUGGAAUAUAAAUUAUUUUGCAUCAUAGGACCAUUCAAACCAACUAAAGAGAAGCUAAAAUAUCUAUUUUUCAUAUAUUUUCAUAGUUAUUUCGAAAAUUCUUGGAUUGUACAGUGAAUUAGGUAUCAAUCGAGUUUGUGAAAAUUUUGGACGACAAAGUAUAAUAUACGACUUCUUAAUAUUAUUAAAAAUAAAAAAUAAAUAAAUAAUAGGUUUAUUCUGAUUAUCUGACAGAGUCAAGUGAUAAAAAUAAUUGUCAAGUAUCUUGUAAAUAUGAGACUGUACUAAUUAAGGCUUAAUGUCGUUUGAAAGAUUAAAGCUUUUAAAUGUA